AUGAGUGAAAAGCAAUUUCAUGAAUGGGAGCAUACAAGGCUCGAAAUCGCUGGGCGUAUAAAUUGGACCUUUUCGAAUUCCAGAAAUGCUGGAGAGGCAGUGGUCAUUUUAUCUGUGUGGAGAGGCAUAGACUGCUCUGCAUGCUGCAGCAGAGAGCAUGGAGGAGGGCGCUCUCAUGGCCAAAAUGAAAAGUUGGAAGAGGAAUUAAAAUGCAGCAGACCUACGUCUGCCGGAACGCUCCCCACGGGAGCUGGAGAGCCGGAAAAAAUUCAAGAAAUCGUGAUCGAAAGCUCCGACAAGGAGCCAGAGGAAGAACCCUGCACGAGUAAAGCAUUAGCGCCACCGCCAUCGGCGCCUCCUCCGGUUGUCCGUCAACCGUUGAGCGAAGUCAAUCCUGUAGUGGAGCCUCUGAAAAAGAAGCGAAAGAGGCACAGCGGAGCGGCCCUGUAG